AUGGAGAAUCCCGCUCAAAGAGCUCACAUUUACUUCAAGGCUAAACCACUCGUUGAUCAAUACACUAAAAAUCCAAAAGAUUUUGAAGCUUUCGUUCGUGUUUAUGAGCAAAUGAUUCGAGAUGAAAUGGAGAAGGCACGUUUGAUGGCAGACCCUGCAAGUGCAGAGGGUCAACGGUUAAUUCAAGAACAGAUACAACAAGAGAAUAUCAAUUACUCGUAUGCACAGGCUCUCGAGCACACUCCAGAGGCAUAUUUCCCAGUUCAUAUGUUGUACAUAAAAAUGGAAAUUAACGGUCACCCGGUGAAGGCUUUCGUUGAUUCUGGAGCACAGGUGUCAAUUAUGUCGGAAGCAUGUGCUCAGCGGUGUCAAUUGUCCCAUCUCAUUGACAAAAGGUUCACAGGCACGGCGAGAGGAGUGGGAGGAACCCAGAAAUUUGUUGGAAAAAUUCACUCUUGCCAGGUAAAAGUGCAGGACCACUAUUUUCCUUGCAAUUUUGACGUGAUGGCCGAUCGUGAAAUGGAUCUUUUGUUGGGUCUGAACAUCCUGAAGCGACAUCAGUGUAAUUUGAACCUCAAAACUAAUAUGCUUGAGAUGGGUGACGGAACCAUGACACCUUUCCUCUCUGAGGCAGAGAUCAAUACGCAUUUGGAAGACUUGGCCUCAACAAACCCCACCGAUUUUGCGGUGGAUGAUGAUCUGCUAGCACAAGCGAUGAACUUGGGAUUUUCAGAAGCCGACUCCAGAGCCGCACUGCAAUUGACAAGGAACGACCUUGAAGCGGCAUUGCAACAGCUCUUCUCCAAGGCAGACGAACGAGCACAAGCCAUGGAGCACUGA